AUGCCGAACCCGCCAGCUAAGGAGGAUAUUUGGGCUUUUGGACCGAUUGGUUCACCUUUUCCUGAUAAUCCGGUCCGAGCCACUGGACAACAAAAUAUGUAUGUAGCCUUAUGGUACAAGCAUGGUAAACCGAUACACGGACGAGCAUGGAACAAUGGUGGUGUUAUCGAAUGCUCGUUUCCGUAUAACAAGGCUGAGCUAACUGGUGCCAAAGAUCUUGGUGGACAGAUCCAGGUGUUGCAGUACAAAGGCGAUCAUUUAACAUUAGGUUUUUGGUAUAAUUGGAUUAAAUAUAAAGAUCGCUUCGAGAAAUUUGAAAAAGGAGCUGAAUUAUUGCGCUGCGGUGAUUCGUUCCCUAUCUUCUGGAACGAUCGAAAUGAAGGACCACUCCUUGGCUACGUUGAUAAUAAAACUGAAAUCGCGCGAUUUUCGCAUGAUGGAAAAGUGGAAGAGGUUUCGGGCGGUGCGCUGAAUGAUAUGCUUAUUAUCGUGCGGGAACUAAAGGGUGGACCACCGAACUGUGUUUGUCACGAAUGUAGUGCUGGACCACCGAAACCGGUUGUUCGUGUUACGCUUGAUGAAUGGGCAGAUUUCCGUUAUGGUGAUCCAUGGCCAACAACUGGCAAACCAGUCCAGGCUCUCAACCGUGCUCUUAGUACCUUAUCUGAUGAGAAUCCGAAUCAAUACGUGGCGUUAUGGUAUCAAUCUGGUGAACCAGUUAUGGGUCGUAUUUGGAACGACGGUGGUAAAAUUGCAGCAUGUUUUGGUUGGGGUGGCCAUGAAUAUCGUAAAAAUAUCGGUUCAAUCCAAGUUCUAUUUGAACUUCCGGAACAGAUACGUGGUUUCGAUUACGCCUGGAAGCCAUUUAAGGAAGCAGCUCAAUUUGGUGCCAAAGAAUGGAUUCCAGUACACGUAGAUCAUCAUAAAGGCAACAUUUCUCCUGCCGUAUUAAUCAUCGAUGGUAAAGAGAUUCUUGGUAAGGCUGAUAUUCGUAACGAACGUGCUACGGUCGGUCACGGUGGGACCGAAAAAGUAUACGUAGGUCCCGCUGUACACACGUGCGUUGUUUUAUGUCGAAAAGCAAAGCCUGGCUGUACUAUUAAUUAA